AUGGCGCGCGGACGCCCUUCUCGAGCUGCAGCGCGUCGCAGCGAGCCUGCCCGUAGCGAAACGCCGCAGCAAGACAGCGACGAUGAAAUGGUAGAUGCCCCAGAAUCGCGCGCCGACACACCCAAGGAGGAAGAGGAAGACGCCGAAUCAGCAGCCCAAGGUAGCGAGGAGGAAGCCGCGCCCUCUGAGCGCUCGCCUUCUCCAGCAGUUAUUCAGCCGUUUCCGCGCAAAAAGCGUCUUGGUCGGCCUCCCAAGAACAGGCCGCCGGACUGGAAUGUAAUCGAGCCCGACAACACCUCUGAGGGUGGCACGCCCAUCAAGCGCAAGCGGGGGCGGCCGUCCGGUGGAGGUCGAGGACGUCCACCGAAGGGAGGGCCAUCGCACACCACGCGUGUUCCCAUCGACAAGGAGGGCAACAUGAUGGACGUUGUAAACGACGAGGUCGACCUCCCUGAGGACGAAGAGGGCGAGCAAAAGGUCGACAAGUUGGGCAACCUCAUGGGCGGACGGGACUACCGAGUGCGCAUAUUCACCAUCAAGGGCAGAGGGGAUAGGCAAUACAUGUUAUCAACAGAGCCGGCCCGUUGCUGUGGUUUUAGGGACAGUUACCUGUUCUUCACAAAGCACAUGAAGCUCUACAAGAUCAUCAUCGACGACUCGGAGAAGAGGGACCUGAUCGACCGCGAGAUCAUCCCACACUCCUACAAGGGUCGUGCUAUCGGUGUCGUCACUGCGAGAUCAGUCUUCCGCGAGUUCGGCGCUCGCAUCAUUAUUGGCGGAAAGCGAGUUAUCGAUGACUACUACGUCACGGCAGCAAAAGAAAGCGGCGUAGUCGAGGGCGAGCUCGCAGACCCGAACGACAGGCUACCGCCCCCAGGAGAGCCAUACAACAAGAACCAAUAUGUUGCGUGGCAUGGUGCUAGCAGCGUAUACCAUACUGGUGUGCCUAGUGUGCCCACCGCGAACGGCAAGCCCGUACCUGGGAAGCGGAAGGUUAAUAUUACUUCCGCUAAUUGGCAGUUUGAGCACGGCUCAGCCGCUAGUCGAUUCAACUCAAACCUCUCCAAGCUCCGCAGAGCAAACCUCACGGGUGUUUACGACCCACAGACCAAUCUAAUGUGCUAUCCAAAAGUUACACAACCAACGCACGCACGAUGGGAGGAAGUUCCGGCGGAAGAGAGCGACGUGCCUCCGCUAGUUCGUCGCAAGUAUCUCGUAGUCGACUCAGUAUUCCAGCAACCUCCUUUUGCUGGUCUCGGCUUACCUGGGCCUGACGGAGACUUCGUCGACGUUGGCACCAACGGUAUACCUACUCUGGACGAGGAAGACAAAAAACAGAUGAAGCCAGAGGAACUAGAGGCGUUUGCGCAAAUCAAACGGGAAGAGCAAGAAUGGCGCAGUCAUUGGGGCGGGGAGAACACAGAUGGUGCACGGGGUAAACCAAAGAUAGGCUUCGUAGGCGUUCCCGUUUGA